GGCACCGACGGGGCAGGAAGCGAAAGCUGCCCCAUCAUCCCCACCAGCGAGCCCAUGGCUGCAGCCAGCCCUGCCCAGAGCUUCCGCGAUGAAGCCUCCUGCUCCAUCUGCCGGGGCCUCUUCCAGGACCCCGUCUACAUCCCUUGUGGACACAACUUCUUGGCGGUGCGUCAGAGGCUGAGCGUGCAGGCGGGCAGAGCCGGGCACGGGCUGUGCCGCGAGCACCAGGAGGCUCUGAAGCUCUUCUGCGAGGAGGAGCAGAGCCCCAUCUGCCUCGUGUGCAGGGAGUCCCAGGCUCACCGCGGCCACAGCGUGGUCCCCAUCGAGGAGGCUGCGGAGGAGCACAAGGAGAAACUCCAGUCUCACGUGCAGGUCCUGAAGGACAGGAGAGAAAAGCUGCUGGGGCUGAAAAAGGCCGAGGAAGGGAAAAGCCUGGACCUCCUCGAACAAGUGGAAGGGGUUCGGCACAAGGUUGUGUCCCAAGUGAAGGAGCUGCAGAGGUCCGUGGCGGGGCAAGAGCGCCUCCUGCUGGAGCGCCUGGCCAGGCUGGACCAGGACAUCGUGAGGAGGCAGGAGGAGAACAUCAGCAGGCUCCUGGGGGAGAUCUCCUCCAUCAGUGAGCAGGUCCGUGAGCUGGAGGAGAAGUGUCAGCAGCCAGCGUGCGAGCUCCUGCAGGACAGCAGCAACAUCUUGAGCAGGCUUGAGAAGGAUGGAGCCCAGAAGCCAGUGGAGACAUCGCCUGAGCUGGGGCAGAAACCCAACGCUCCCCCUCCGAAAAACAUUGCCCUCAAAGAGAUGCUGAUGAAAUGUCAAGUCAGCCUGACGCUGGACCCGGACACGGCGCAUCCGCGGCUGGUGCUGUCCGAGGAGCACAAGAGCGUGAG